AUGUCGACAGAUGGCAAGAAAUUGAUCCAGGUGCAAUUAUCCAACAUCGAGCGGAACUAUCGCGGGCUGCAGUCACUGUACAACUGGAAGCCGUUGUCCGAAACGGUCGAUUUUUAUCGCGAAAAAUUUCCCCAAAAUUUCGACGAUAAAGCUAAUCUGAUUUUUCGCUCCGAUCGAUUGAACUACAUAAAAUCAUCGCAACCCAAGUUGGCACAGGAUGUGAGAAAGCCACCGAAACUUUACGGUAGUUCCGCAGAGCCGCGUGCUGUUAGGUUGCCUGUAGACUCCUUUCGAUAUGGCCAAACAUGCAACAAAGCGGUAGAUCGACCAUCGAAUGUGAUAUACACGAAUUCGAAGGGCUUCGCGAGGCUGGCAGAUCCAUAUCUGACCACCACCAUGAAGGAUAUUGUGCCGCACGUGCACCCACGACACAAUACGGUCACGUUUUGGAACUGGCCAGAGUGCGAUGAACGCAAACUGGCUCCAAAGGCUGCUGACACGUUACAGCCGCGAAAGGUUGUGCCGGAGUUCAAACGAAAGCUAAAUAACGGUUUCAUCAGCGAAAUGCGGGCUAAUUUCGUAAAACCUACAGAAACCGAGUUCCGGCUAGAUCCACGAAUCGUUCAGCCCAUUGUGCUCGAUCCGACCGAUCGCCUCGAAUCUGCCACGGAGAGUUCGAUGUACGGGGACAACAAAAACUGUGCUACGAUACUGAAACAAAGAAAAUAUGAAUAA